AUGGAAGAAGAAAUUAAAAGAAAAGACGAAAUCAUUGCGGAUUUGCAGAAUAAACUUUACUCGAUGACCAUGAAAAUCAACAGGACUUCUAGUCCUCAAUCAAGGCUAAAAAGUUCUCAUUUACAUUCAAGGCCUACUCCAAAGUCAAAAUUAUACAAUAAAAUAAGAAAAAAUGAGCCAUUCAAAACAAGCGAUUUUUCUAUACAGCACCAAUUUAUGACCUCCAAGCAGCCAUAUCGUGAUUCCCGUAGAAAUACCUCGUAUAUGCAUAAUUAUGGACUAUCUAUGGAUUCAACUGGGCAUUGUCCAACCCUUGAACAGAUUGUUGAAGACACAUUCAAUGAAGACAACGGUCAAAUAGUAAUGCUCAUGAAACGAAAAGACCCCAAUAAGAAACCAGCGAAAUUUUCCAAAAAUUCACGACUUAUCCAAUUGAAAACAAAAAUUCGUUAUAAAGAAUCCUCGCUUAAAUACCCAAAAAUAGCUAGCAAAAAAUGAAAAAAUCCGGUCCUUGAAAAAGUGUCAAGCAGUCCUCAUAACAUUUUGGACAAUCUAUUUAUGGAUUCUUCCAGCAGAAUAAAAUCAAGAAAUCACAGUGAGCUAGACUGGCCCAAAAGACCUCCAUCAAGAAAUUCUAUCCAAAACUCAAGCGGAGAGCUGACAAGUUCUUUGAAUUUACGAAAGCCAUUCCCAUCCUUAAGCGAUUCUGAAAGCUCACGUCCUGCGUCCAGGUGCAAUAAUCCAACAGAAAGAAGAAACCAAUCAGUCGAUAUGGAUUGCAUAAAGCCACUGGCAAAGGCCAAAAAAGCUAAUUUAGUCGACCAAAUCUUGUAUAAUGAUUUAGACAAAGAUUCCUGAAACCAAGUGUUAAAGAAAAUAAGAGAAGAUCCUAUUUUAUUGAGCGAAAUCUUAAAGCCAGGAGAAAAAAUAGAGUUCGAAAAAAUGUCUCCAAGGCAGAGAAGAUCUGUAACUCCUUAUAAAGGCUCAAGAGACAGAUUAAGUGCUGACAAAUUAUCUCCAAGACCUAAGCCAACUCGAGCACAAUCUGCGUAUCCUAAAAAUAUAGAAAAUUCAUCCACGAAGCUGAUUCCUCGUUCUCCUAGUAAAUUGGAAAGGAUUAAUAGCUUUGGAUUGAGGACCUAUAAAGUUCAUAACGUAGAUUGAAGCCAGUCUAUUUUAGAUCCUUUGUCAAAUAAACCAAGCAAUGAUUUUAACGAAGAAAAAGAUUUAUCAAUUUUUACAUCAUCAGAAAUAGAAGACCUUUUGAUAUCUAGCAAUACUUUAUCUACAGAAGACCAAGCCACUUUACAGUAUAAAGGUUUAGCAACCCUUGAAAAGCUUAGAACCGAGCUUAUGCUUCCAGGCUCUUAUAGUGCUACAAAAAAUGCUGAAAAUUUAACUGAACUUCUCAAAAAAUGCGCAAAUCUUAUCCGAGCCCGAGCACUUACUUUAAAAAUACUUAAGCUUAUACACACCCGAGAAGACAAAAUCCUAUCCUUAAUGUCAUUAGAGGAGGCUAAUCUUGAUCUUCUCAAUACAAAAUACUCUGAUUUACUUAAAGCUACUGAAGAAAUAUCUCAAGCCAUAGGUUUUUGGAAGCAGCUAGGACUUCCUUAUUCAUCAUUUGUCUAUCUCGGCGAAGACUAUUUCCUCAAGCUUUACGAAGACUUAAAAAAUGUAAAAAGUGUGUACCCUCAGCUAAAAUCAGAUGAUUUAACUUUGCCAUAUUAA